AUGGAGGUUUAGUUUUAAGGAUCUGAAGGUUUCUGACUAUGGGGCUGAGGCACAUUUGUUUUGGCUUGGUGGCUAUUCUUGCAUUUUGCUUGUCUGAAGCACAAUGGCGAGGAGAAUCAACACAUAAACAGUCCUCAGCUCCUAAAUGGAUUGAAAACAGGAUCCCUCAGGUUCCCCAGAGAUUUAACCCCAGUAAUCCUUUAUUUGCACCGCAAAGGUUUCCUGUCCAGACACCAGCCAGGAGUGACUUUGGAAAACCUUCUCAAGAUGUUUUGGGUGUUCAGUCAAAAGAGCUGUUGCUGGGUCCAGUAGCGAAACUGACAUGGAGUUUUCCAAGACUUCCAGAAGAACCACAGCAGCCAAGUGUUCCUUUUGAGUUGCGUCAUCCUGUCCCUGCCAACAGUGUAGCAGCUCAGUGCAGAGAGAAUUCAAUAUAUGUGGAAGUGUUGAAAGACUUCUUUGGCACUGGACAACUACUAAUGCCCUCUGCUUUUACACUGGGAGGUUGUACUGCAACUGGAGAGGGUCCUUCUGCUCAAGUGCUCAUCUUUGAGUCAGAACUGCAUGGAUGUGGCAGCAUGUCGUUGGUGACUGAGGAUGAACUCAUCUAUACGUUCUCCAUCAUCUACACCCCAAAACCGUCUUCAAAUGGUGGUCCUAUUGUCAGAAGCAGUGGUGCGGUAGUUGGUAUUGAGUGUCAUUAUCCAAGAGUGCAUAAUGUGAGUAGUGAUGCCUUAAUGCCUGCUUGGAUCCCAUAUGCCACUACUCUAGUUGCAGAGGAACUUUUGGUUUUCUCCCUCAGGCUCAUGACUGAUGACUGGAGAUUUGAGCGACCUUCUAACCAGUAUUACUUGGGAGAUUUCAUUAAUAUUGAGGCUUCAGUGAGGUCAUAUAACCAUGUUCCUCUUCGUGUGUUUGUGGACAGCUGUGUGGCUACUUCAGUCCCUGAUACAAGUGCUAUCCCCAGAUACUCCUUUAUUGAGAACAAUGGGUGCCUAGUUGAUGCCAAGCUCACAGGCUCUAGGUCUCAAUUCAUGCCCCGGACACAAAUUGACACGCUGCAGUUUCAGCUGGAGGCAUUUAGAUUCCAAGAAGAGAUCAGUGGAUUUGUCUAUAUCACUUGUGUUCUCAAGGUGGCUGCAGCAUCCACUCCUACUAAUGUUGAGCAGAAAGCUUGCUCCUUCUCUGCUAAUCGUUGGGUGUCUGCGGAUGGGGAUGAUCAGGUGUGCGGCUGCUGUGAUGCAACCUGUGGCAUUAGGAGUGGAAGUGAUCAGCUUAAAGAUCUGCAAUGGAACAGAGCAGUUGUUGGACCCAUCAGAGUCAAGGACCGUUUUGGUCCAAUGUAACAAGCGCAAUGGCAAAAUAAAAUCAUAUUUAUCAUA